ACCACAAACCAAAUUAACAUUGGCACUCGCACCAAUUCCAAAGAAACCCAGAGACCAAGAGAAUCAUGAAAACCCAACCGCCACGGUUUCUCUUCCUCUCCCUCUGCUUAGCAGCAUUGCUCUUCGGGCUGCGGCCAAUUCCAGCCGUCGGUGACACCGGGCCCGUAACCACAACCAACGCCACGGAUUUCAUCCGCAACAGUUGCGGAACAACCUUGUACCCGGACCUGUGCUACACCUCGCUGUCCCGCUACGCCAAUGCCAUACAGCAAAACCCGGCCCAGCUGGCCAAAGUCGCCAUAGGAGUGAGCCUCGCCAAGGCCCGGGGCAUUGCCUCCUACGUCUCCAACGUCUCCCGACAUUCCGACCACGGCGCCGACCCGCUAACGGUUUCCGUCCUACAUGAUUGCUUCACCAACUUCGGCGACGCCGUGGACGAGAUGCGCGGGUCGCUGCAACAGAUGCGGCAGCUGGGAGCUGCCGGAGCGGAGUCGUUCAGGUUCCAGAUGGGCAACGUGCAGACGUGGAUGAGCGCGGCGCUGACGGACGAGGAAACUUGCACGGACGGGUUCGAGGACGUCAAGGAUGGUCCGGUGAAGACGGACAUGUGUGAUCGGGUGGCGAAGGUAAAGAAAUUCACGAGCAACGCGCUUGCUUUGGUGAACAGUUAUGUCGCCAAGGGGAUCCCUUGAUCAUGUAUCAGCCAUGUAGAUAGAAUAUUAGUGUGCAAUUAAUCAUGUUUUACGUUGGAGUGAACUAGCGAAGGCUAUUAUGUGCAUAUUUGGGCAUUGAUUUUUGAUGUGUAUUCACCUGGAUAAGAUUUCUUUUA